AUGGCAGCACCGCUCGCCGUUGUUGCCAUCGGCGCCGCACUGUUUCGAGGCGCGUUUGGGCGGAAAAGCAAGGGCAGUGCGGGCCGGAGGGGGCCCUUCAGCGCGUCAGGCAGCGGGACGAUGUCCCCGGCCUCGACCAUUGGGAGCGCCACCCCGGCAAGCAGCGUGCGCGGCGACAGCUCGGCCCCGCCGUCCGUGCAGGGCUCGCCUUUGAAGAGCCAAUCGAGGCCUCGACGCCCAAAAGCUCGUAAAGAUGAACCGCGGCGACGGCGGCGGGAUCCGUGGUUGGCGUGGCUGGCGCUCGCGGGGGCGUCGCUGGCGGUUUCUCUAGCACUGGCCAGACAAUCGGCGCUCCAUCCCGAGCGCCUGGCAUCCGCGACGCCAUACAUCACGAGCGUCCUCGAGCACGCGCAAGCCGCUGCGUACGAGACGGCCGCCGUGGUCGCCCGCUGGGCGCCGUCGUCGCUGUGCAGUGCGGCGUCCACAACGUACGAUGCGCUGCGCCCGCUGCUGUCCGCGGCGUGGGCUGCGGGCGCCGCGGUGGUGGACCGCGUGGACGGCUGGCUGGCCAAGGGCACGCCCGCGUCGUUCCGUCAGUCGCCGGCGACGCUCUUGUCGGCACUGCUGCUGCUGUACUGGUCGACGGGCCGCGCGCUGGGGGGGCUGCUCGGAGCGCGGCGGAGGCGGCGCGGAAAGCGACGCGGGGACACGCGCGCCAAGGGGAGGCGCCUGGAGUACCGCGUCGUGGACCAGUCCCCCGCGCCGCUGCCGGACUUCACGGGGGUGUGGAUCAAGGACAACGCUGCGUCGGACAACAUGGACGAGUGUUUCCGCGUGGCGCAGCUGAACUUCAUCAUGCGCAAGGCGGUGGUGCUGCUCAAGGGGAUGGAGAUCCGGCACACGCGCGACGUGUUCUUCGUGGACGUCCUGAGCGUGUUCCCGUGGUACAAGAUCAAGGAGUCGUUCCCCUUCGACGGGGCGGUGCGCCUGCACGCGCGGCGGGACAUGCGGCGCGGGAAGACGCGCGGCCGCGUGGCCGUGAACGGCACCACGGUCGCCAUCACGAUGGAGUGGGACGACCCGCUCGCAGGCACCAUGCGGGACGCCUUCUCGAUUGGGCCGCAGGGGGAGUUGAGGCUCGACUCGACGCUGGUGGUCGGGUCCAAGGUCGCGCGCUUCCGACAGGUCUACCGGAGGAAGGGCGACAGCUGA